CUAAGAUUUCCUGAUAGACAAGUGAAAACAGAACUGCACCCUUACAGGCACUUCCCGAAGAAGAGUUCUUGUGAAGUGAUUCAUUUUUCACACAUCCUGUGCGAAAUAGUAAACUUUGCAUGGUCAGCUUUGGAGAGGUGACUGUCAAGGUCAGUGCGAUUGUUAUGAAAGCAUACCACUGAAGAGGAUAUCUUCAUUAUCAUGGAAAUGACAGAUUUCCUUCACACAGUGUUGAAAAACCACACAGCCCAUGCUUGUGAGGGAGAGACGCUGACCAUUAGGUGUCCCUCAAAAACAUCAGUGGUGAUUUUGUCUGCAUUCUAUGGACGGCGAAUACCAAGUCAGCAUUUAUGCCCAAAUGCAAUCACAAACGUCACAGAAGAAAAUACAGAAUGUUCAUCCACCAUUGCCGUACAGAAAGUGGUGUCUGAGUGCCAGGAUCGGAGGGCAUGCCAGUUUCCAGUGUCGAGUCCAGUGUUUGGACAUGAUCCCUGCCCUGAAACCAGCAAGUACAUCCUGGUUUACUACAAGUGUCGGCCUGCACACCAUCGUUUGCGGACAGCAUGUGAGAAUGAGAAGCUGAGGCUUGCUUGUAAGAACAACACCGUUCUGGCCAUCUACUCUGCCACGUUUGGCCACCUGGAGUAUGACACCGCUGUAUGCCCUCAAGGGGCACAUGUGAAGCCUGACAUGGGUCUGGAAGUGAACAAUAACUCAGUGCCAUCUAAGUGCUUGUCUCCAUCAGCCUUGAGAAGGGUAACAAGGAAAUGUAACGGCAGAACAAACUGCACUGUGCUGGCCAGCGUGCAGAACUUUGGUGAUCCGUGCUUUCCUGGCACCAGCAAACAUCUGCGAGUGUCUUUUACAUGUGUUCCAAGGUAUUUGCUGGAAGACGUGGGACAUGAAGGUGGAGAUCCUUUCCGAAUCUCUGAUUAUACACAUGGUGGCUGGUACACUGGCCCUGGUGUGUACAGACCACAAAACAUUUUCACCAACAGUUUGGAAAUCUUUUUCCAGAUCCAGGGGCUUCCAGAGACAGUGGCUCUGUACUUUGUGUCAGGAAUAUGCGCUGGCUUGGUCUUCCUGCUGUGUCUUUUUGGUGUGAAAUCUACAUUGGUGCGUGAUGUAAAGGACUUAGUGUCUGAUCUGGAGGAUGAGAUCAAGACUGCACGCAGGUCACGAGGUGGGAUGAUCAGUGAUGAUAAUAUCUCAUUAGACUCAUCUUUUCCACAUAUUACACAUCCUUACUGUGGAGCGGACUUCUUCAGACCAGAGAUGGUCAUGUCUGUGGUUAUGGAGGAGAAGAGAGAUGAGGACAGGGACAAAGCUGAGAUGCCAAAUGGAGACAUUUGGCCACACUGCAAUUCCAGCCCAUAUGCCAUCCAUAAGACCUAACUUUCAUGCGCUCAACUUUAGAAAUUGACACAAACGUGUUAUCGCCUUGAUUAUUGUGCUAGUUGUGACUGAACAAUAACUGAGUACUCUUUACACUUUUUAACACUCAUCCUUAUUAUUUAACAAGAAAAAAAAAAUGAUAUGCAAUAACUUGUCUUAUAAUUUACUGCAAGACUAGCUGUUGUGACAUAUAAUAAGUGGUUAUAACAUACAGUAUACAGCAUUACUGUUACAAUAGAUGUGUGUCUAAUACUGAACAUACAUAACCUACAAUGUUCCACUGGAUCUUUUGGGAAUACAGUUAUUGGGUUAAGUUUUGUAAGGUUUUGUUUGAAAAUGUAAGAAUAAAAUUAAUUUUUAAAA